AUGGAUUUUGGCGAAACCCUAACUAUUCCUCGUGACCUCUUUGUGGGUUACGGCCGCCAGGUUGAAAACCACUGGUCUAUGGUACAGCCGUUUCGUUUUCAAUCCAUUCAUUCUAUCCGUGGUAUGAACCAACCAAUUUGUUUGUGGUAUGAACGUAGGAUCGUUUUCUAUUUAUUAGCAAGCCGUUUGGAAAUGUUUGAUAACGUUAUAUCGAUAAGUGUACAUAAUAAUGUAGGUACGUAUUGGUUAUUUGGUUCACACAAGGUAUGUUCUGGUUGUGAAAUAGUGUGCCAUCGAAUGAGUAUUCAUAUUCGUGUUUGUUUUCAUCACGUUAACAAAUUUAUUUUUAAAAAGAAAAAUUCCGUUUUAAUAGUUUUGUUCUCGAUAUACAUUUAUGGAUACAUUUUUUUUUUCUCAUCCGAAAAGGUAAAGUAUAAUGUACCUAUUACUCUACUACUUAAUAUUAAUUUUAGUUGUGUUAAAAUUACCGUGACUCGUUUGAUGGGUACAAGCUAUGUUUAUAUCUAUUGUUUGGUGUUUACAUUUUUUUGUCGAUUUCGAUUCAUCGGUAUGGUUUUUAAUUGCAUGGCUUGUUUGAUAGACACAUAAUUAAUACUUUCAAUGAUUUUAAACAUCUCAUAUUGUGUUGUAAUUAAGAGAUAAACAAAUGGUUUGACUGUGUGUAAGAAUUAUGUUAUGAGGUACACAUUGUUUCAUUACCUAUUUGUUUAGUUAGAUACCUGUGAGAUUAUUGUGAAUAAUGUAUUACACAAUAUAUAAUAACAAUAACAAAUAUGUUAACGGAGUUUGUUUUUUUUAAUUUUCUUUGACAAACAUUUUUACAUAUACGCACAUGUAUUUUGAUAUUUUAUGUUUCUAUUUCAUUUUACUUGUCAACAAUUUCAAUUCUUCCUGUGGUAUUUAUGUCUCUUUUUUUUUAUUUCAUCACUGUCUUUUUUUUUUAAACUGCAGUUUUUUAGUGUUCAACCCUAAAGUUGGUUUUGCAGUUUUCCCAUAGUUUCUCCACUCAUCUCUAUCAUCAGCUAGCUUCUUCAGUUCCUUGUAAUAUGUUAGACUUACAUCUGACAAUCUUUUUGAUGCAAGAUGUUCUUGGUCGUCCUCUAUCUCUUGCUAUUUAUCUUCCCUUCUAUUAAAAUAUACAGAAGCUUUACGUAUCUCAGAACAUGGUCAAUCAUAUUCCAACUUCUUUGUUUAAUGGUAUUAAGUAACUUCCUGGUUUCAUUUAUUGUGUGUAGUACACUUUAAUUUAUUCUUUCUGUUCAGCUCAAUCACAAUUUUAUUCUCCAGCUCCACGUCUCGAAACUUUUGAAGAAUUUUUUUUUCUUUGUUCAGUACCCAGGAUUUCUAUAGUGUGUCACUACACACAUAUACUUUUAUUAGCCGUUUCUUCAUACUUUGCACAUGUUUUUAAAGUAUAAUAUGUUUAUUUUUAUUCAUGAAUGCUGUUUUUGCUUGAGCAAUCCUUAAUUUUACUUGGAUGGUACAUUUUCCUUUUUGGCUAAUUUUCUGAAACUUUCUUCUUGGUCAAGAGUAUGGUUGUCAAUUACAAUUAUUAAUCAACGAAUACGUUUGUUUUUUUAACACUUCAUUAUUUCGGUUUUGUUCCAGUUGAUUUUUAAGUGGUAAUUUUGGAAAUAUGUAGCCAUUUCUAGGUUUUUUUGCUAUUAUCCGAAAUCUGUAUCACCAAGUAAACUCAUAAAACAAUAAAAAUAAUUUGAUUUUCAUUGCAAAAAUAUUAAAAACCCAUUGUCAAUUAUCAUUGAGGGGUUGCAUUUCCGAUAUCUGUGUUUCAGGUACGCACAGACCCAUUUAUCUGUAUGUAAAUUUUUCAAUCUCUGCAUGUGAUAUUCAGUUGUGAUUUACACACAAAACACUUCCUUUUAUUAUUAUAAAUUAUUACAAUUCAACUAUAGGUAUACCUACUGACUCAACAUGUUUGUUUUUAUAAAUAAUUAUAAUAAAGAUAUUUAAAUUUACAUUUAUAUUAGCAAUAUAGGUAAUAAAUUAUUGAAGGUAGUCCUAUUUUUCUUUUUAUUGUUACCAAUUAUAGUGAUAUUUUGAAAAAAUGCAUGAAUAUACUGUAAGAUGUAUCCUUAUAGAUUAACUUAUUAAAUAUAAAGUAUAUUAUGAGUAAUAAGAUAAAUAAACUAUUUAAUUUAUCUAUUACUAUUUAUAACUACUGUCAUAUUUAAUAUUAGAUUAAAUCAUAAAUAUUACCUAUCUAUUUUAUUUAAUUAUAAGAAUAUAAUUGUUUUCUUAAUUUAAAAAUAACGUUUUUGAUGAAUUCAAAAUGCGGGUAUAAUAAAUUAAAUUUAUUAUCUUAUUUGGUUUACUAAGCAUUUCAAAGAUAAUCAUUAGUUAAACUUAAUUAUCAAAUUACAAAGUGUUAUAUUAUACACAAUAAGUUAUCCAAAUGUUUAAAAAAUUUAAUUUACUGGUAGUUUUUAAAUAUUUAGAUAUAGUGUUUACUUGGAAACAAAUUUAGGACAUAGAAUUAAGAUAUAAAUAGGUACAUAAAUAUUAGCAUAGGUUAGGUUUAUUUUUUAUUUGUUAUAUAAUUAAUUGAAUCUACAGUUCUAUGUUUAUGUUACUAAGCAUUUUGUGCCUUAUUUAAUUGGAAAGUCCAAUUUCUGUACUUAAUUCAUUGCAAUAAAUACUAGGUACAUAUUAUGUAUGUAUUUAUUGUUUGUAUUACCUAUUUAAAAUUUGAAUUGUAACUAGUAUUUUACACGUUUUAAUGUUUUUUUCUUAAAUCCAUAUUUAAGUUCUUAACUCAUUUUAUUUGUGUUAAAAAAAGAUCCAACCAAAUUUUCAAAUUUAACUGUACAUUUUUACUUUAAUUCUUAAUAUGUUGAUGGACACUACAUUUUAUUUUAUUUUAACAAAACGGUCAAAAAAAUGUCAAUUUCAUUACUGCUAUAACUUGUUGACAAAAAAAAAAAAAAAAAAUACAAAUGUGUGUAAACAAGCAAAAGAAAAAAAAUGCCCAUUGUUCUGUUGUGAUGUAUUGAAUUAAAACAACAUUUAAAAUAUUACUGAUAUAGUAGUAAUGACAAUUUUUACAUGGUUUUUGUAUAAUCGCACUAGUAGUAAUAUUUACAAGUGAUCUCUCACAUUGGAUUUUAACAUAAUUGGUGUAACAGUAUUAUUGGCCUACUAUCCAUCAAUUUCCUUAAUGUGUUAAUAAAGAAGUAGAUAUUAUAUUUAUUCUUCUUUUAUUUUUUAAAAAUAUAAAGCCUGUUUAAGGUUUUUAGUCACCAAAUUUUUGUGAUUGAAUUGAUUAGUUUAUUUAAUAAUUUUUUUUCCAGGUCUAUUCACUUGGUACAUACAUGAUACCAAGAUUUAAAUUUAGACUUCCAGUAAUCAAAAAAUAUUUUUUUACAUAUACCUCUCAUUCCUCGUGAGGUAUAAUCUUUAAACCUUUCAAGUUGUUGGACUUACUAUGGAUCACCUUAUUGUUUGUACAAGAAAACGUAAGUUUAUUUUAACUGUAUUUAAUCUUUUCACAAUGUUAUUUUUAGAAACAAAAUUGUUUUAGAUAACUAAUUAUACUCAAAAAGUAUAAUUUUACUUUGAUUUAUGAUAAUAUAUACAUAUUAAGUUAAUAAUCAUAAAUUCAAAUUAAUAUAUAUAUUUUUAAUAUCUAUAUAGAUAUUUAUUUUAUAAUAUUUUAUAGCACAUACAAUCUACUGUGAAACUAGAUUUUAUAUUGCAUUCCUUUUUUUCUAUGUUUGAUCUAUGACCUUAAUUUUUGAUUAAAUUAUUUUUGUUUUACUUAUGUAUUGAAUUAUUUUUCUAGUGUCCUUCAAUCGUCAAGAUAAUAUAA